AUGGAUUGGGGAUCUCUGCACACCAUUUUGGGAGGUGUAAACAAACACUCCACCAGCAUUGGAAAGAUAUGGCUCACAGUCCUAUUCAUCUUCCGCAUCAUGAUCCUGGUUGUGGCUGCAGAGAGAGUCUGGGGAGAUGAACAAGAUGACUUUGUCUGUAACACUCUGCAACCUGGUUGCAAAAAUGUUUGCUAUGAUCACUUUUUCCCCAUCUCUCACAUCAGACUCUGGGCCCUGCAGCUGAUCUUUGUCUCCACACCUGCGCUGCUGGUGGCCAUGCACGUAGCUUACAGGAGGCACGAGAAGAAACGGCAGUUCAGAAAGGGAGACAAGAAAUGCGAGUACAAGGACAUUGAAGAAAUCAGAAGCCAGAGGUUUCGUAUUGAGGGUUCCUUGUGGUGGACAUACACCAGCAGCAUCUUCUUCAGACUGAUCUUCGAAGCAGUCUUCAUGUAUGCAUUUUAUUUCAUGUAUGAUGGGUUCCGAAUGCCUCGCUUAAUGAAAUGUAAUGCUUGGCCCUGCCCCAACACGGUAGACUGCUUUGUUUCUCGACCUACUGAAAAGACAGUGUUUACUAUUUUCAUGAUUGCAGUGUCCAGCAUUUGCAUUCUUUUAAAUGUGGCCGAAUUAUGUUACUUACUGACAAAAUUUUUUCUCAGAAGAUCUAAAAAAGCUGGAAAUGCAAAACAUCACCCCAACCACGAGAAUAAAGAAGAAACCAAACAAAAUGAAAUGAACGAGCUAAUAUCUGAUAGCUGUCAGAACACAGUUAUAGGAUUUUCAAGUAGCUAA